AUGAUUAUUAAAUAUUUUAAAAGUUAUAAAAAUAAACAUUUUAAUUCUGUUAAAUUUACUUACAUUAUAGAUAAAUAUACAAAAAACAUUAACAUGUCUUUUAUGUGUAUUAAAACUAAAAAAAAUUCAAAUAUAUUAGCACUUAAUAAUACAAUUUUUAAAAAUUUUACUGUUAAUCCUAUUUUUAUUUACAAAAAUAAAUAUAAAUUUUUUAUGUUUGUUAAAUCAUUUGUAUCUAAAUUUUAUUCUGCCAUAAAUUCAUUAUUUGACCUUAACGUUAUAAAUAUACAAAUUUUAAGUAUAUUUUAUAAAGUUGUAAUUAUACAUAAUAAACUUAUAAUUAAAAUAAAUAAUUUUAUAAACAUUAUAAUUUACAUAACAGAUAUAGAACAGGUUAAAGUAAGUAUACAAUAUACAACUCCUACAUUAGUUUCUAUUUCUUCUUAUAAUAAAUCUUUUAUAAAUAGUUUAAGUAGCGUUAUAGUUAAUUGUAAGAAGUUCAAUGUUUACACUAAUAAAGGUAUUAAAUAUUUAGAUCAAAAUAUAAAAUUGAAAAAAAUUAUAAAACUAAGAAAAAGAUAA